AUGACCCCGGACCCUUCAGAAGCGUCCGAAUCACGGCCCUCCGGGGCCAAACGGCGUGUCGGAGACCGUACCCCGUCGCCCGACUCCAUCGUCCUUGAUGAUUCCCAGCCACCGACUUCGACAGAGACCGUGAAGGCCGUGCAACCAAGCUCGAAACGUCCGAGGCGUGGGACCGCAAGCGCUACGAAUCGGGAAAUGGAGGCGUCGGCCUCGGGUGGGAGCCGUCAUCCAACCAUCGUUGUCUCCGACUCCGAUUCUGACAGUGUCGGUGACGGAAAGAACUACGUCACGGAUGAGUCCUCAUCCAGUUCAGAUGAUGGCGGUUCCGACUCGAGCGACUCGGGCGACGCGAAGAGGACAACACGGAGGAAGAAGAAGAGCCGCACGGCGAAGCAGAAGGCCAAAGAGAAGAGGAAGAAGAAGGCGAAGACGAUGACCGCAUCAUCAAAGGCUGUAUCGCGAGGUGGCCCCACCGCACGCGACCUCCAGGUUCGGUUUGCGAAGCGCUAUGAAGGUCUUACCCCUGAGGCCACUCUCGAGCGUUUGCUCGCGGUGUGGGACUCGCCGUAUUACGAGCACUUCCGUAUGCCCCCGGAGAUCGAACACAACCACAAGGGUGAAGUUGUACAUCGGUUUUUCUGCAAGGCGUGA